GCUCCUUAAUCCUUCUUUAACAGGCUCCAGUUAACUCUUCAACACAAAGCACAAGCUGAAUAGGGUGAAGAAAAGGAUAUCAUAUAACAAUGGCAACCAACGAGGAUCAAAAGCAAACUGAAUCUGGAAGGCAUCAAGAGGUUGGUCACAAAAGCCUUCUGCAAAGUGAUGCUCUUUACCAGUAUAUUCUAGAGACAAGCGUGUUCCCAAGAGAACAUGAAGCCAUGAAAGAGUUGAGAGAGGUCACAGCAAAACAUCCAUGGAACAUCAUGACAACCUCUGCAGACGAGGGACAAUUUUUGAACAUGCUCCUUAAACUUAUCAAUGCCAAGAAUACCAUGGAAAUUGGUGUCUACACUGGCUACUCCCUUCUUGCCACUGCCCUUGCUCUUCCUGAAGAUGGAAAGAUUUUGGCCAUGGACAUUAACAAGGAAAAUUACGAAUUGGGUCUGCCCGUAAUUAAAAAAGCUGGUGUUGCCCACAAAAUUGAUUUCAGAGAAGGCCCUGCUCUUCCGGUUCUUGAUGAAAUGGUUAAAGAUGAAAAGAAUCAUGGGAGCUACGAUUUCAUCUUCGUGGAUGCGGACAAAGACAAUUACAUCAACUACCAUAAGAGGUUAAUUGAACUUGUUAAAGUGGGAGGUGUGAUCGGGUACGACAACACCUUGUGGAAUGGAUCUGUAGUGGCACCUCCUGAUGCUCCUCUCAGGAAAUAUGUUAGGUAUUACAGGGAUUUCGUGUUGGAACUUAACAAGGCUUUGGCUGUCGACCCUAGGAUUGAAAUCUGUAUGCUUCCUGUUGGUGAUGGAAUCACUAUCUGCCGUCGGAUCAAGUAAUUGUCUUGCGUGUGCACAAUCAUCUACCGCCCCACAUUAUUAUCAUUAUUGUGUCGGAGCUAAAGCAUUUCAACUUUUUCUUUCUUUCUUUUCUCUACAAGAUAUUUGUGUUUGUAAUGUUCUCUUGUAUUCAUAUUGAAACGCCGAAUAAUUCAAGUUAUAUAUGGCCUUUUAUUCUUGUUUCA